CUUUUGACGUCACGUCAGCGUCCCGCACUAUGCGCGCAUCCGUGAAAGACGUGCGUGGCUUUACUCCGCAGCGCAACUAGCCGCCGGGCCGGACUUUUUUUUUGUCUCGCAUUCAACUCACAACAAAAGCCGCUAACAGUUGCGCGAGUUACGCUAAAAAAAAAAUUUUUUUAAAAAGAUGCCCACCGAGUUAAAACAGCGGAAGAAGUCCCCAAAACAGAGCGACGGAGUGAACGAAACGUCGGCUGCAAACGGCGAGGAUGAAACUCCGAAAGCGGAGCCCGGAAACCCCGCGGGAGAAAAUAAAACGUCUUCGAGUUGGGACAUUUUGAGUUUAAUGUGCGUCGUGUCGCUCGCGGCGUGCGCAGCUCUCAGCUGGCUGGUGCUGCGGCAGAACGAGAGGUUUUCCGAGAUGGAGGAGAAGUAUCGUUCCUUAAACGGCAGGACUUCCAGUCUGUUCGACAUGGAGGAGGACGUCUUAAAGGUUUCCGAGAAGCUCGCCGCCUCCGAAGACGACCUGCGGGAGGCGCUCGCCGCCGUCUCCCUGGCGACGAGGCUCGAGCAGGAAAUCUCCGCCCUCCACGCCGCCGUCGCGGCGAUGCGGGACGACGAGAACUCCGCCUCCCGCGACCUGCAGGCGGUCAACGCCCACUUCCUCAACGUGACGGAGACGUGGCAGCAGCGCCUGGCCGCCGUCUCCUCCGACCUGGCCGCCCUGAAGGCGGCGUCCCGGGAGGCUCACGCCGGGGCCACGGAGCGGGUCAACGAUGGCGAGCAGAGGGGCCGGUCGCUGGCGGAGCGGUUGGAGGAGCUCGAGGACAGCACGGGGAGGAACGCCCGCGCUCUGGAGCGCGCCGAGGGCGCCGACACCCGGCGGGCGGAGGAGCACCUGGACUGGAACACGGAGCAGGUGCACAAGCUGGAGGAGCGGCUCCGCGGCCUGACCGCCGCCUCGGCCCAGCUCGCCGCCCGGCUGGAGGAGCACGUCCCCCGGGCGCGGGAGUGCGAGGAGCACCUGCCCCAGGUGGAGGAGGCGGUGCGCUCCAUCCUGAGGCUGGCGGCGGACCUGAGCGCGGCGGAGAGGCGCCUGGAGGAGGUGACGCUGCAGGUGUUCGGGACGGAGGACAGCAUGCUGAAGGCGCUCAACGAAAUCCUGGAGCUCAGGCAGGAGCUGGACACCCUGCAGGCCCAAAACAGCGUCCUCAAGAUGAAGAACGAGCUGUCCGUGGUCAAAGAGGCGGUGCGGGAGCUCACCCUGGUGCUUCGGGGAAACGCGGAGGACACCCCGAGGGACUCUGAUGCACCGGAGGAAGAAGCGUGGAAUGAGGAGGAAGAGGAGGAGGAGGAGGAGGUGUGGGAAGAAGAUCACACGGAUGAGACAACCCAACUUCUGCACGAUGACCUCCCUGAAUGAUGUCAUUGUUUUGAUCCGAUGAGGAGGUUUCUGUUUGACUGUGAGCCGUGAAGCGAGCGAUCAAAGUAUUCAGUGUUAUUGUUUACCUCAGUGUGUUGUUUACCUCAGUUACAUGUCAGAAAAAGGUGAUCAACACUUUGUAAAAGUUCACUGAUUUCAACAUUAACUCUGGUAGACAUGCACUGUUUCAUAUAUGGUCUACUACAAUUAUUUAUUUUGAAUGUGGAGUGACACAUUUGAAGUGACUUUUGUAAAACAUGCCCAAUUAUAUCAAACCAUUUUACAGUAUUUCUGGAUGAAACUACAUUUGAGUUGAAGCAAGAUGUUGAUUAAUUGAUCUGAUGUAUUUCAGUCCUUUUUUUGUGUAAAAAAACAAGUAAAUGAUGAAAAUAAACUAUUGUUUUGUAGCCCUGUAAUGUAUCUUAAUGUUUCUGAUGAUGUGUUUCACACAAUAAAAUCACUUUCAUUGAAAAAAAUCAAAUUUGUAUCCAAUCCUCCCCCUGUGCUUUACAUGAAAUAACCUGAAACGAUGUCUCCCAACGUGUGAGUGCUUGUCAACCCGACACCUGACCGCGCGCGCCCCCUGUGUG